AUCUUAUUUUCUUCUUUUAUAACAACAAGCAAAAAUGAAAAGUUGGAAAUAAUUAGAGAUAAUGAUGUAAUAACAAUUUUUUUGAACAAAUAAUUAGAAUAAAAUACUAGUAAACAUCAGUAAUUUAAAAUGAAUGAUAACUUUAAAACGCCGAUAUUAUAUUUCAUAGUGUCAAGUUGUUAUUACUUCAUUUGAUUUCGUCACUUGCCAUCAUGUUCCUCUUAUCAUCAUAUUUCGUCAUCAUGUUUUUCUCAUUUUAUUAGUCGUUCGAAAUCAUGCUAUAUCAAGCUUCUAUUUAUCAAAGAGUUAUGGUAGGGACGACUAAAGUUAUCACAGUUUGAUUUUUCCAAUUUCAUGUAGUUUCUGUGUGCUUGUCCGUAACGUUAACAUUCAGUCAUUCAUAUAGAUCACUCAAGAAUGAACAUCCUCAAGUUUUACAAGGCACCUGGGUUGAAGGUGGGCCAGCUGAAAAACAAGCUACAUAAGAUAUUACAGAUUGAGACUUCGGUGAUCGAUCUUCAAACUGAAUUUUGUUAUUAUGUGGAAAUAGAGCAACCUUUGGAACUAGAAGAAAUUCAGACGUUAAAAUGGAUCUUGUCACCUCCCUUUGAACAUAAAUGCUUGCGAGAUUGCAGUGUGUUUGAUGAAAUUGAAGAUGAUUCUGUUGUUAUUGAAAUUGGACCCAGGUUGAAUUUCUCAACAGCAUUUUCUAGCAAUGUUGUUUCUAUGUGCAAAUCUGUCAAAUUGGAAAAAGUGAAAAGAGUAGAAAGAUCAAUUAGAUAUAACAUCAAGUACAAGAAAAGAUUUAAUAAAGAAAUGGAGAAUGUCAUUGUAAAUGUAUUGGGAGAUAGAAUGACGGAAUGUAGGUACGAGGAACCCAUAGAAACGUUUGAUCACGGCUUUAGGCCUGAGAAAUGGUUUCAUGUUGAUAUAAUGAGAGAAGGCAGGAAGGCUUUGGAAGAAGUUAAUACGAAAUUAGGUUUGGCAUUUGAUGAUUGGGACUUAGACUUCUACACGGAAUUGUUCCUCUCGAAAUUAAAACGUAAUCCAACUAGCGUGGAAUGUUUUGACCUUGCUCAGUCAAACAGUGAGCAUAGUCGUCAUUGGUUCUUUAAGGGACGUAUUAUUUUGGAUGGAGAAGAGCAACAACAAUCUUUGAUAGACAUGAUCAUAGAUACCCAAAAUUAUUCAAAUGCGAACAAUGUGAUUAAAUUCAGCGACAACAGCAGUGCGAUAAAUGGAUUUCAAGUCGCAGUUCUACGUCCUACGAAAACUUAUGACAGCAGUAAUUUUCAUUUACAAGAUAUCAAGCAACAUCUUAUUUUUACAGCAGAAACGCAUAACUUUCCAACUGGUGUAGCACCUUUCAGUGGUGCUACAACAGGUACUGGAGGUCGACUGAGGGAUAUUGAAGGAAUUGGAAGAGGUGGAAAUUAUAUUGCUGGUACAGCGGGAUACAGCGUUGGUAAUUUACACAUUCCAGGUUAUGAUUUACCAUGGGAAGAAAAAAAUAUAGAUUACCCAAGUAAUAUGGCAUCGCCGUUGGAAAUAAUAAUUGAAGCAAGUAACGGCGCUUCCGAUUAUGGGAAUAAAUUCGGAGAACCGGUCAUAUGUGGUUUUGCGCGUACUUAUGGAGCAACGGAUAACAUCGGUGUAAGACGGGAGUGGAUUAAGCCUAUAAUGUUUAGCGGUGGAUUAGGAACUAUGGACGCGAAUCUUACUAACAAGGUCCCAGCAGAGCGGGGUAUGCGAGUGGUAAAAAUUGGUGGGCCAAUUUAUCGAAUUGGAGUAGGUGGCGGAUCCGCAAGCUCUGUGGAGGUUCAAGGCGACAACAGUUCGGAACUAGAUUUCGGUGCUGUACAACGCGGCGAUCCCGAGAUGGAGCAGAAAUUGAAUCGCAUGGUGCGAGCGUGCGUGGAAAUGGGCGAUAACAAUCCAAUCCUCAGUAUUCAUGAUCAAGGUGCCGGUGGUAAUGGUAACGUUCUGAAAGAAUUGGUAGAACCAGCUGGUGCUGUGAUAUUUACAAAGUGUUUUGACCUUGGUGAUCUCAGUAUCAGUACUUUAGAACUGUGGGGGGCUGAAUAUCAGGAAAGCAAUGCGAUAUUAUGCAAGCCGGAAGAUAGUGAUUUAUUGAAGAAAAUUGCUGCACGCGAAAAGUGUCCCAUCAACUUUGUCGGCACAGUUACUGGAAAUGGAAAAAUUAUCGUUUCCGAAGAGGAAGAUUGUAACACUUCUAAAUAUCUUAAUUACGAAGGCAGAAAUGCGUGUCUAGAUAUAAAGCAUCCUGUGAAUCUGGAUUUGGAACUUAUUCUUGGAAAAAUGCCUCGCAAGGUGUUCAAUUUGCAAAAAGAAUCGCCACAAAGGUCUCCAAUAAGAUUGCCCGAUGGAUUAACCGUGUCCAGUGCCUUAGAUAGGGUUCUUCGAUUGCCUUCGGUGGCUAGCAAACGAUACUUGACCAAUAAGGUGGAUCGUUGCGUAACAGGCUUGGUAGCCCAACAGCAAUGUGUCGGUCCGUUGCAUACUCCGUUAGCGGAUGUUGCUGUGACGGCCAUUUCGCACUUCUCCGUCGAAGGCAUUGCAAGCUCAAUAGGCGAGCAACCUAUAAAAGGCUUGGUGAACGCAGCGGCCGGUGCUCGGAUGACAGUGGCUGAAGCUGUCAGUAAUCUGGUAUUUGCGCGAAUCAGCAGUUUGCAGGACGUCAAAUGCAGUGGCAACUGGAUGUGGCCGGCUAAGCUGCCCGGUGAAGGUGCGGCGCUCUAUGAAGCUUGCACGGCUAUGUGUUCGUUAAUGAGAGAGCUGGGGAUUGCGAUUGACGGCGGUAAGGAUUCGCUCAGUAUGGCUGCACGAAUUGGCCAGAAAAUUGUUAAAGCGCCUGGAACGCUCGUCGUGUCCUGUUACGCGCCAUGUCCCGAUAUUCGCUGUGUCGUUACUCCGGAUUUAAAGGCUCCUGUUACGGGACGACAAGGUUGUCUAUUGUUCGUCGAUCUGUCCCGCGGCAAAAGUCGACUCAGCGGAACAGCCUUAUCUCAAGUAUACAAUGAAUUAGGUGAUGACGUGCCGGAUGUUGAAGACGCUCGGGCUCUCAGAAAUGCCUUCGAUACCACGCAGCAGUUAAUUGCCGAUGAAAAGAUACUCGCUGGACACGACGUGAGUGAUGGUGGAUUGAUCACCUGUCUUUUAGAGAUGUGUUUCGCUGGAAUUUCCGGGAUAAACGUCAAUAUAAGUCACAGAUCUGCGCCCGCUAUUGACGUUCUAUUUUCUGAGGAAGUUGGUUGGGUGUUGGAAAUUGAUCAGGUACAUUAUGACGAAGCGAUACAAGUGUUCCAACAUCAAGGAAUUUCUGUGUAUCCAAUUGGAAAAUCUGUGGGCUUUGGAAUAAGUUCAGAAGUAAUUGUUAGGGUGCGCAGUGAGAUCGUGUUGAGCACCACAGUUAUUGACUUGAUGAAAAUUUGGGAAGAAACCAGUUACCAACUGGAGCGUCAUCAAAUGAACGUCGAUUGUGCCUCGGAGGAGUUCAUUGGACUUGAAGGACGAACAAUUCCUGCCUAUCGUCUCAGUUUCAAUCCUAUUAGAAUCGAUCCUGAUUUCGCAAUAUCUCGUACAAUAUCAAAAUCCAUCAAGGUGGCCGUGAUUCGCGAAGAAGGUAUUAACGGAGACAGAGAAAUGGCCGCAUCUCUAUUGGAAGCCGGUUUUGACGUAUGGGACGUUACAAUGCAAGAUUUGCUGGAGAAUCAUGUUAAUCUUGAGAUUUUCCGUGGCGUCAUCUUCCCCGGUGGUUUUAGCUACGCUGAUGUUUGUGGCUCUGCCAAAGGAUGGGCGGCGAGCCUUCUUUUCAAUCCAUCACUACGUGAACAGUUGCGACAAUUUGUCAAUCGCAAAGACACGUUCAGCUUGGGAGUUUGUAACGGCUGUCAGCUCAUGAACUUAUUAGGCUGGGUAGGCAACGUAAAUACAGAAGAGACAGCUAUAUAUUUGGAUCACAAUCUCUCGGAGAGAUUCGAGUGCCGGUGGAGCACCGUCAAAAUCGAGAGUUCGCCUUCGAUUAUGUUAAAAGCAAUGGAGGGUAGCGUGUUAGGGAUAUGGGUAGCCCAUGGAGAAGGCAGAUUCACCUUCCGCGAUAAGGAAACUUUGGAAACUCUCGAGAGAAAUAACUGUUUACCACUCAGGUACACUGAUGAUUCUGGUAAUCCUACUUCUCGGUAUCCCCAGAAUCCGAACGGUAGCGUAAACGGCAUCGCCGCUGUGUGCUCUAAAGAUGGUCGACACUUAGCGAUGAUGCCGCAUCCGGAGAGAUGCACACGAAUGUGGCAAUGGCCUUGGAGACCUACAGAAUGGAACUUUGAAGUGUCACCAUGGCAGCGACUUUUUGAUAAUGCUUUCAUUUGGUGUCAAAAACAGGAUUAGAAAUUUUUCUACUUCACACAUUGCAUUUUAUACAUGAAAAAAUUUAUUACAACUUAUAUCCAUAUAUUUUUUGAAAGAUUUCUAAGAAUAGUAAAAAAUUAUAUAUAAGAAGAAAACAAUCUAUAAAUGUUUUUCUCUGCGAAUUUAAGAAAUUUAUCGAAUUUGUAUGAAUUUGUAUGAACACUCUUUUUAAUAAGAAUUAUUUCGAAAAAUUUUUUAAAGUCGAUAAACUACAACACACAUAUAUAUAUAUAGUUUGAAUUUCGUCUACGUUUUAUUAUUUCUGAUAUUGGAAGUAACGGGUUUUCGCAAUUAUUAGACCCGUUAUUUCUGUAAUUUUAGUUUCAGAGUCUUCGCUACGAAUCGCCACUAUCUUUAACGAGAAAUUGAGGUCGUGAUAUGACUAAACGAUGAAGUCAGACGUACUUCUAUUUCUCAAGUAGUAGGACUCAAGGGCUGGUUAGACGUACUUUCCAUCGUAAUAAAAUAUAGGCGAAAUUCAACAGGCUGUAAUUUUCGCAAUAAUGAUGCUAUCGAGAUCGUUUGAAAAGCACUUUAAAGCUUGAAGUCUCUAGUUUUUAAACACAUUAGCUAUAUUAAUGUUGUCGUUAAUUUUCGUCAAGAUAUUUUGAGUUAAACGAAAAGUGGUGAUCGCUCAAUUUCAGUUUUAGGAAAUCCUGCAUGGUAACAAACUUACAGUAGUGGAAGAGGUUGUGUUCCAUGCUGUUAUCUCAUAGCUUUAGGAUAUCCUGCAUGGUAACAAACUUACAGUAAUGUAUGAGGUUGUGUUCUAUGCUAUUAUCUCAUAAGUUGCGUGACAAAAUAAGAUAUAAUAUGGAAAUGAAUAAAAAUACAUGUAACGCUCUAAAAUCAUAACAGCAGAGAUAGUAAUUUUUAUUGAAGAAAAAAUAAUGAAUAUUGUGU